AUGUCCAGUCAAGUUCACAGAAAUGAAACAUUAUCGGCUUCAAGAAAAAACGAUCGUGCACCAACAGCACCACCCUCCGCAAUCCUAGCAGAAAAUGUCAAACCUUCGUGGCGAACUAAAAGUCGGGUGUUAACAUACAAAUCAGGCAAGAAACGGAGAAAAUAUAAAAGAUAUUUGAAACACUAUCUAUUAGGCGGUAGACAUGCCAUGAAAAAAACCUCGAUUACAAAACCCCCCCCUGGAAUACCACUGCAAUUAUCUCUGCAAAACUUUAGCCCAAAUAAACAACUGUACGACCUUGACUCCGAUAUUGGCUCUUCUGCGCUUCCACCCGGACAUUCCAAUGAUAUUAUGGUGGCUCCUAGCCUCGAAGUGAAUGUGAAUCGCUUAGGACUACACCUAUCAUCUGAUCAAGUCAAUUUUACCGGUCUCUACUCAGAGUAUUCUGGAUAUGGCAACUUAAUGGAUCCCCUAGGGAAAGUUAUUGGUAAAGGAUCCUCAGCCAACGUUCGGCUUAUCAAAAAGAGAGGUGUUGCGCAGAAUAGAAUUUUUGCAGUCAAAGAAUUUCGAAGCAAAUCCACCACCGAAACCGCUGAGAAUUAUGAGAAAAGGAUUAUAUCCGAAUUCUUUAUUGCCAAAAGCCUGCGUCAUCCAAAUAUCGUACAAACAUUACAACUUUACAUUAACAAAGGAAGAUAUAACUACGUGAUGGAAUACUGUGAGCAAGGCGACCUCUUCAAUCUCGUCAUUCAAAAGUACCUAUCACAUGAAGACCGACAACUUGAUCGAUUUUGUCUAUUUAAACAACUAAUCCGAGGCCUCAAGUAUCUUCAUAACAGCGGUAUCGCUCAUCGUGAUGUGAAACUUGAGAACCUUCUAAUCACUCAAAAUUCCAAACUUAAAAUCGCUGAUUUUGGUGUGUCCGAAGUAUUUUAUGGGGCUCACCCGGGCUCAAGAACUAUAUCUAACUUGUAUGGAGAAGAUGUUCACAAAGUUCGAAAAUGUCCACCAGGAAUAUGUGGUAGCACACCAUACGUAGCACCCGAGGUUAUUGCUAGGCAAGAUGAGUACGAUCCCCGACCACUUGACGUUUGGGGGGCUGCCAUAGUCAUGCUAUGCAUGACAAAAAAUGGUCCUCUUUGGCAUGAAGCUAAGGCUGAAGCAUCUUCAAUAUAUGAUGAACUCGUACAAAACUGGACAGAGUGGAACUUCAGACAAUCCGCACUCUUAGGUGACACUGGCUGUAGCAAUGUAUCCACUCCCUCCUCGAGGCCAACCCAAACAGACAAUAAUAGAUUUCCAGAGCCCAAGCACCUUAUUCCAGUAGCAGCAGAUAAAGAUUAUCCAUCUAUCAAUUUCUUUGACAGAAAUAUUCAUCCCCCAGCUCUUCGGCGAUUGCUCCUCAAGAUGCUUAAUCCUAAUCCAGACUAUCGGUUAUCGAUACUUGAAGUUGCAAAGAGUCAUUGGCUACGAAAUAUUGAAUGCUGUCAGGUGGACAGCUUUGAUAAUCCAGCCGUUACUAUUGACGCUGUAAAAGGUAAAUGCUUCCUGGAUAAUGGCCAAGAAUGUCCCAUUCAGAAGAUAGCUAAUCAUAACCAUCUUCCCUCGAAACCGAAAAAUGUUGGUCGUCAUUUGAUUAAUCAAUUAUAUAAUAUCAGAAUUUAA